AGAAGUCCAUUUCAUAAACAGAAAGCGGGAAGAGAUCGUUUAAUUGUUACUUCUGCUCGUGGGCUUUCAAGAAAAGAUCUUAUGCUGAUAAUAAUAGCCUGUAUUGGAAAAAGUAAAAAUUAAUUCUAGUUAUUAAAUCAGAAUCAAAUAUAAUUAUUUAGCACCUGUUUGUUGUAUCUAAGCACCUGUUGUUUUUAAUAAAAAGUGACCAAUGAAUACAUAAUUAUGAUUUUUAAUUAUGAUUAAACUACGUUUAUUGUGAUAUUCAAUAGAUUUCCCAGUUAGUUCUUCAAGUGAUAGGAAAGCCGACAGAAGCAAAAAUGACGGUGUCAUUAGUUCAAGAAUUUUUGAAAUGUUUGGUUCUACUUGUUAUUUUAGGCAAAAAUGUACAAAUUGGCGUACUGGGCGAUGUCACGACGAAUUACAGGUUGACCUGCUAUAACUGCUACAAUAAUAAAUAUGUGCAGUCGCAAUCAUUGUGCCCCGCCGACGGUCACGUUAAUACACAGCUGAUGACUUCACAUUUUUGUAAUGAUUUGUGCUACACUCGAUUCAUGGGCAGUGACACAUCCACUGUGUUCAGAGGCUGUGCAUUGGGGUUCUACCUCCCUGAGGCAAUGCGGACCCCUGGCUGUCACCGCUACAACGAUCAAACAUGGUGUUUCUGUGACACUAACGACUGCAAUGCAAAACCUCUUAAAAUUGAAAAUCUGACGAUUCAUGAAAACACUGAAGAUUACACAAUGUCCAUGGGGCCCAGGCAAUCAACAUUUAACACUUAUGUUAAUGACCAUAUUGGUGCACCGAUGUUAACAACACAGAGAGCAAAGUAU